AUGCUAGAUCAACAAGACAACCCUCCUCCAACCUACGCUGAACGCACUCGAGAUCCUAUUCUGUAUGUUCGACCUCCCCCCUACGUAUCCACAUCAACGCCUCCAGAGAACGAUGCCGAGGCGCAUCCAUUAGCGACUGCGCCUAAUCCAGCAAAUAUGGGGCAUAUCCAAGCUUCCUCUUCCGUAUCCACUUGGACGCAUCUACGGAACAAUGCCGAGGCGCAUCCACCAGCAAGUGAGCCUAUCUCGGCGACUGUGCGACAGAUGCAAGAUAAGCGACAUGAGAGAAGACAAAGACUGAAGAAAAAAUUGAUCAAGGUAUUGAAGGUUGGGGCAAAAACAGCUGUGGUGGUUGUUCUGGCUCCAUUUGUGAUGGCUGGAGCCGCUGGACUGGUAGUGUUCGAAGGGGUCAAGGUUGUUCUGAAGAUAGUUGUGACUCCGUUUGCGCUUUGCAUUGUCUGUGUCUCUCUGGAUGACUCUGAUUAUUAA